GGCACAGAGUCAGGGAGGAGGGGUGGGGAGGGGAGAGGGACCCGGAUGCUGAUGCUGACCGAUGAGGAGAAGGAAGCUCGAGAGAGGGAGGAGGAGGAGGAGGAGGAGUGUGAGAGGUGGGGGAAAAAAAGAGAAAGAGAAACGGGGGUGUUACGGGCAGCAGUGGAAGUGAAGAGGCCAUCCCGUCAGUGAUGGACACUCCUGUGGCUGCGGACAAGUUCUGACGACCUGAACCUCUGCAGAGCCAGUUUUAUUUUUUAUUAUCGUUUGAAUAAUUAGUGCGGGAGACAGGAGGCGGGAGGAGAUGCGGUGAUAUCAUGAGCAGAGCCGGCCAGGGAGACAGAAAGAGAGACAGAGAGGAAGAGAAGGAGGGAGGAAGAGGGCGCACGGGGAGGAGAGGCGGGGAGUCGGCUGCCACCAGGCCAGCUGAGGAUGCUUGUUGUUUCCACAAACGGGAUUAAUCACCGGGCCGAGCGCUGAUCCUCCUGCCGCACAUCGAGCACCUCUCCCGGCUGCAGCUGUCCCGGCCGAGGGCGCGUUCCGUCUGCGUGUCUGGGGCCGGUCUGCCGGAGGCUGUUUGCCUUUUUACAUGCUCUCCCCCCUCUUCCUCUAUUUCCUGAUGCAGGGCCGGGGAGGGGUGAGCCAAAGUGUGCACCGGAUAUUGGAAAACCCAUUCUUCUUGCUGAUGCUGUUGUGAUAAUAGAUUAUUAUCUGGACAACGACGCAUCUGCACAGAAAGGCAGAUCCUGAGCGAAGCAGGCCUGGCUUUGAGGAGCGAGGAGAAGGGGAAUGUUUGAGCCUGGGAGGAUGAUGGAAACAUUUUUGGACGGCAGCAGCAGCAGCAGAGAGGAGGGGGGUCCCUGAUAUCGAUCAGAGAAUGGAUUCAAUCAGGGCAUUCUGACUUGGGAUAUUUGAGACUCAGCUCUUACAGAAAUCAAUCCGUGGCAAAUGUAGCCUUCCUGCCCGGGUCUGAAUGAGAUCUUUCUUUUCUGCUCCACUUUUGGCCAGCUGCAUAAGCUACACGGGAUCAAUCAGCUUUAAACGACUGUUAUUUAUAGCAGGGGGUGGGUUGGAUGUGACUGUAUCUCCCAUCACUGGCACCGGUCAAACCUCACGCGUCCUCCUCGCUCUCAUCUUUUCUACCUUCCCUCUGAGUGAUGCUGCUUUCUGUGCUGUGCUGACAGAGACACACGCCGGGACAGACUUUAUUCUAGGCCUUACAGAGUGGAAACUGGGCCGGUUCUCACUCCCAGCACGGACCUGGCCGCAUGACAAACAAGUGCAUGGGAGUAGCCUGCUGGGCCCGGCUUUAGAUCACGACCAGUCCUCCGCACCUCUCCUCUCCUCUCCGCCGCCUGUGAUGUGCGUUACGGCAUUACGCACGGAGCAGGAGCCACCGCGAUCUUGAUCUGCCUUAUAUCAGGAAGAGAAUUUCACCUCGGGAAGGAUGAGCAGCAAGGAGCUGACGGUGGGCCAGUCCAGCCAGUAUGUGGGGCCUUACCGGCUGGAGAAGACCCUCGGGAAGGGACAGACAGGACUGGUGAAGUUGGGCGUCCACUGUAUAACAGGACAGAAGGUGGCCAUAAAGAUUGUCAACAGAGAGAAACUCUCUGAAUCCGUUCUAAUGAAGGUGGAGAGAGAAAUAGCUAUUCUUAAACUAAUAGAGCACCCUCACGUUCUGAAGCUGCAUGAUGUCUAUGAGAAUAACAAAUACCUGUACCUGGUUUUGGAGCAUGUGUCCGGCGGAGAGUUAUUUGACUACCUGGUGAAGAAGGGCAGGCUGACCCCCAAAGAGGCCAGGAAGUUCUUCAGACAAAUCAUCUCUGCCCUCGACUUCUGCCACAGUCACUCCAUAUGUCACAGAGACCUGAAGCCUGAGAAUCUUCUCCUGGAUGAGAAGAACAACAUCAGGAUAGCUGACUUCGGCAUGGCCUCGCUACAAGUCGGGGACAGCCUGUUGGAAACCAGUUGCGGAUCUCCACAUUACGCCUGCCCAGAGGUCAUCAGGGGUGAAAAGUACGACGGUCGCAGGGCAGAUGUUUGGAGUUGUGGAGUCAUCCUCUUUGCUCUUCUUGUGGGUGCCUUGCCCUUUGACCAUGAUAACCUGCGGCAGCUUCUAGAGAAAGUGAAGAGCGGGGUGUUCCACAUGCCUCACUUUAUACCUCCCGACUGCCAAGCGUUGCUCAAAGGAAUGAUAGAAGUCAACUCUGAUAAGAGACUCACGCUAGAAGCAAUACAGAAACACCCCUGGUACCAGGGUGGUCGUAACGAGCCUUGCCCGGAGCAGCCGCCUCCUCGCCGGGUGUGUGUGAAGAGGAUCCUGUCCCUAACAGACCUGGACCCUGACGUCCUGGAGAGCAUGUACUCGUUAGGCUGCUUCAGAGACCGGGUCAAACUCACACAGGACCUUACAAGUGAGGAGGAGAACCAGGAGAAGAUGAUCUACUACCUCCUGUUGGACAGGAAGGAGCGCUACCCCAGCUGUGAAGACGAGGAUCUGCCGCCCAGGAAUGACCUGGACCCUCCCAGGAAGCGUGUGGACUCCCCGAUGCUGACGCGUCACGGCCGCUGUCGUCCAGAGAGGAAGAGCCUGGAGGUCCUCAGUGUCACAGAGCAGGGGUCUCCCACCCCACCUCGCAGGGCUCUGGACACUAAUGCACACAGCCAGAGGUCUCGUUCAGUCAGCGGAGCGUCCACAGGUCUGUCCUCCAGUCCUCUCAGCAGUCCCAGGAGCCCGGUCUUCACUUUCAGCCCAUCUGAAGUCACCUCCGCUUCCUCCUCCAAAGACCCCAAACCAGGAAGUGCCACCACCUCUCGGCCCACCCGCCCAGCACCAGACCCCAAAACACAGACCCUGCCCUCAAAGGGCCCCGCUGACCGUCCCCAGCUCCACUCCAUGAAGUCCCUCCCCCUUCAGACUCCACGCUCUCCCUCCCCAUCACCUUCCCCUCUCCUCUCCCCCAUCCCACGCUUCUUCAACUUCCCCUCUCCAUCUGUCUUCAAGUCUAAGAACGUCCACUCGUCCUCUAACUCCUCUGCCACCCCUCCUCCUGUGUCGCAGGUUACGCCGCAGGGCUCACCGCUGCCCACCCCGCUGGGCACGCCUGUGCACCAAAUCCAACACCCUUCCUCCACCACCCCUCCCUCCUCUUCCUCCUCGUCUUCUUCUUCCAGAGCGGACGGAGCCGGCGGGGCCUCGCUCUCGUUGACGCCGCCCUCCAGCCCCGGUGGCAGUGGCGGUCUGGCCGCCUCGAGCUCCGCCCACUGGAGAACAAGGCUCAACUCGUUCAAAAACAACCUGCUGGGCUCGCCGCGCUUCCAUCGGCGCAAACUGCAAGUCCCCACAUCAGAGGACAUGUCCAGUUUGACUCCAGAGUCCAGUCCAGAACUGGCGAAGAAGUCCUGGUUCGGUAACUUCAUCAGCCUGGAGAAAGAGGAGCAGAUCUUUGUGAUGAUUCGAGACAAGCCGCUCAGCUCCAUCAAGGCCGACAUCGUCCACGCCUUCCUCUCAAUCCCAUCCCUCAGCCACAGUGUGGUGUCUCAGAACAGUUUCCGAGCAGAGUACAAAUCCUCCGGCGGCCCCUCGGUCUUCCAGAAACCUGUCAAGUUCCAAGUGGACAUCGCUUUCUCCGAGGGAGACAGGGAGCGAGAGAGGGAACGAGCAGAGAGGGAAGGAAGACGAGAGAUGGGCAUCUACAGCGUCACCUUCACUCUAAUAACAGGUCCCAGUCGCAGAUUUAAGAGAGUGGUGGAAACCAUUCAGGCUCAGCUGCUGAGUACUCAUGAUCAGCCUUCUGUGCAGGCACUGGCUGAUGAGAAGAACGGUCAGCUUUCCCGCCAGCCCAGCACUCCUUCUCGCCAGAACUCCCGGCGUUCCGAGAGCGGAUCGGAGCGGGAGCGGGGGGAGAAGGAGCGUGUGGCAGAUGGGGGCAGCGGAGGGAGCGGGAGCAGCAGCGGGACGUCCUUACAAAGGCGAGGGUCGGGGAAAGACAAGACCAGACUCCUGUCGUCGUCCAACGGGACGCAGUCUCAUCCCUGAAAAGAAUGUUGUGGAAGAGAGGCGAGGGUCGUCCGCCUGGCCUUUUUCUCUUCCUCCCCUCAGUCCUUCCCACAUUCUUUCCUUCCCUACUCCCUUACUUCCUGCCUUGCUUCCCGCCAUGAUUCCAAAGCAAUGGGAUGGAGGAGGGGGAAGUUUUCCCUUGAAGCUGAUACGACAGAGAUUCCCCACACAGCAGAAAUGUAUAUUAGUGGGGGCGGCGGAGGAAGGUGGUCUCUAGUUAGCCUUCAAGGGCAGCUUCACCCCGCAGUCUGAAGACAGGAUGUCUGAAAAGUCCCACCGUACCAGAGAAAUACAGGAAAAGCUCACAGCGAGGUAAACACGUAGUUCAAGAAAGCACAUGACCUUCUCACCGACCAAUCACACGCAACACGAAUCCAACAGGAGACCUCCCGUCAGUCAGUCAGAACGGCACAGGAAGUCACCGUCCAACAGCAGAGCCCCUUAACUCUCAUUGUCACCUGUCACCUGGAUCAUCAAGUCUCCUCAGCACCAAACACGAUGACAGGAAGUCCGCUCUCCUCCUCCUCCUCCUCUCAGCUGAAGAGUUCUCAAGCAAAGCAACACCAUGAGGACGUGUUGGAGACAGACGUUCAGAAAGAGUCUGGAUUUAGACGCAAUUGUUAAAGUGGAUCUUUAGAUGUUUAAUAAUCAGGAGUCUGAGAGCAGAGAGAAGUCAGAGAGUGAAUCUGACGUGGGCUACGUCAUGUCGCCCUACAGCUCGGUGAAUUUCAAAAUAAGACGAGUUUCCUUUAGUGUUUGAGAGGAAGCAUAAACCCCCACAAUUAUCUCUGAAUUCCACUGAUAAAGCUAUGAUACCGUAUUGCCUUUAACGGAGGAGAAAGUGGAUAGGUAGUUAGAUUUAGCCCCAUUUUAAGGACACACGUCGCACCACAGGUAGAAUGUCUCAGAGUGGAAACUCCCACAGACGGAGAUGAACAGAUAGAUGGAGACGAAGCAGAGCAUAGUUAGAAACAGGAGCAGCCUAGAUCUUAAAAUAACGUAUGCUGCAUUUCCACUGCGUGACACAGCAUGACUCUACGCAUCUCGACUCUAUCUUGAAGUUGUGGAUCGUACCUGAUACUUGUUUUGGUCCCACCUCAGUUCAAAGCGAGCAGAGCUUAUAUUUAAAGGUGGAGUUAAAACACUGAAAACUGCUGAUUGGUCAGAGAGAAAUGUCAGUAUAACUAUAAACUAUAAAAAACAGCUUGAAAUGAGCCAUGACCAAACCUCAGCAUCAUUUUGAGAAUAUUUUUGCUAAUUUUUGAAAUUGAAAUUCUGAUUAAAACGCUUUAACACCCAGUACGUUCCUGUGCACAGUGAAGUGUUUCUACAGUCCCAGCUGGACGAGGACAUCUAACUGGCCUACUGUCCUUGUCCCAGUAUACAAGCACGGGAGGGGAAUCCAUUUAUUGAGCCAAGUAUGUGCGACUCCUCUACGAUAGGUGGAGAUAUGCCCCCUUUCAGCUUGUUAGUAUUGGACCUUUUUCCCGUUGACCUAUUACGUCACAGACCAAACAAUGGACACACAAGUUAGCUACGGUUAGCUAGCAGCUAACUGCUACCAUGGUGGACAACUUUACAGCUAAUGCUUUAAUGCUAUUGGACUUCCGGGUCAAAGCCCGGGGCGGAAACUGUGGAGCAUGCUCAGAGCGCCUCGGCCAGUUUGGGUCUGAUUGAAUGUGAGAAAUUCAAUUUUAUCAGUCAGAGUAACACAAUGAAUCCGUCAUGUAAAGGUACUGAGCACCACCUGCAGGGCAGGCCAGAGGAAACAAGGCAGUCAGUAGCUGUGUUUCCAUCCAAAAGUGAUUUGAAUCAUUGGGAAAUGCGCAUUAAAAGAAAUACGAACGGAUACGGACUUUGGUGAAAACUACGAACUUGUGCGAGUUUUCCGCAGAACCGGAAACAAAACAAGUCUCGCAUUCUUCUUCUUCUACGUUUUCUGGCGGUUGGCAACCAGCUUGUAAAUGCAUUACCGCCUUCCCGACCCAGAGUGUGGAUAUCACCAUGGAGAGAGGUGCGCUAUGUCAGACUUAAUUCGAACAUAACUGUUUCCAUCCCCCGUUUUGCGAAUCAACAUUUUUUCGAAUCAACCAAAACCCUGCUAAAGCGAGUGUGGUUCUCAGCUGGUGGGUCGUGUUUCCAUUCUGAACGAACUGCAAGUGACUUGCCAAUGUGUCAAGUUUGUAAAAAAGAAAGGACGGCAGAGGAGAUACCUGCACGCCAACAUAACUGGGCCACAAGAAGGUCUACAGGCUGAGAUCAGUGCAAAAGCAGUCUAUUUAUUUAAGACAUCUGUGCACAGCAACAGAUACAGAGCGAGUGAAAACAGCAGCAAACGUUCAGUCCUCGACUGUUUUUUGUGAACAAGUGAGUCGAGUCGAAUCAUGCAGUGGAAAUGAGGCGUUAGAGUCAAUACAGCGUCCACACACCACAUGUACACUGAGAGAGUUUUCUUCUCCUGUCCCCCUGCAGCACAUUAUUGGCUUUAAAAUGGAAUAAAAUGAAAAUGAAAUCUCUGUAUCAUCGAAUGCAAAUGAAAACCUUGUGUUGGGUGCUCAUGGAGAACAAGAAACAACCGGAUACACAGGAGGGAAAUCCGAAAAUACAGAAAACCAGGAAGGAAGUAUUAAAAAGCCUUUAUUGUAGUGACUGAAUCAUUAACAUGUUUGGACCUCUGCAGGUCUUUACUGAGGCUUUAGAAAAAGUUUUUACAUCUGUUUCACAAGUUUCUGAAAACACCACAAAGCAAACAAACAUUCUUUGUAAAUGCAGAUAAACCAGGCAGUGAAAUAACGAAGCUACACAGUGCAAACACAAAUACAUGGGCUUAAACCAGGGUGUUGAAACGAAAUGAAAAUACAUAUAACAAUAAAGAUAAACCAGGGUACAAGCGUACAGAUGAAGAUGUAUAUUCAGUCAGAGGAUUUGGGGAAUAAAAUUUUAUAAUUUUCCAUAAUAUAUGGAUAUAUCCGCAUAUCGGCCAAAUAUCCAACAUCCUGCAUCCCUACUAGUCAGCUGAUUCACUUUUGCUGUGUUAGAUAUUUUUUCUGCCUACAUACAGCUGCCAGGACAAAUACACACAUUUGAUUCGGCUCACUCAGACAGCUCAGUCCAUCACAGCACAGUUUGGAGACGAGGAGUGAUUCCAGUGACCUCUAACCCUCCUCAGUGUACAUUUGGGGUGUGACUGUUUUAUAAGAGACCUGACAAAAGUCCGAACCUGUCCUUUACCUGAAACCACAAUUCAUGUCCGUCAAAUUACAGCCAUUGACGAUGAUGACAAAGUAGACUUAGAAUAAAGAGAGGCUGGUCGAACGAGACAACCGAGCUUUUUAGACCCACAAUUAGUCAACUGAAACCUUCCUGCGUUCCUCUGUGUUUAACAAUAGACGCAGGGCGACGCCAAAGCCCCAACAAAAGCCUGUUCUGCCUCUGAAAGGAGACGUGGAGGGAGGACGGAGGGACGCAGGUAGAGAUGAACAUUACACGAGGAGGAAAAAGAACUGGAGAGGAAAAAUGAAGCCACACAUAAAGAAUGAAACUUAGCCUGUUUUUAUUUUUCCAUACCUUCGUUUUUUCUACGCCGCUCCCGUCUGUCUGUCUGUCUGUCUGUCUGUCUGUUUCUUUAUGUUCGCCACCAGCAGGGUCGCGGGCGGCGCCACCAAUGUGAAUGUCAGAAACUCUUUUGAAAUUAUUGCAAGAGUGUAAACAUACUUUUGUUCCAUAUAUUUAUUGCAGAUGUAUUUAUUUAUUUAUUUAUUUGCCAUGUAUUUGUUGAGAGUGUGAUUUUUUAUUUUCAUGAAUGGGAAAGCAGGCGAUGGGUGAAGACGGGGAAAUGUUACUUUCAAGAUGUCUGACACGUCAGAGCAAACCAGCUGAACUCCUCUCCUCUUUCUUUUCUGAAAAACCUCCCAGCUCUACGUCGUGUUUUUAACCCUGUUAGUUUGGUUUAUUUAGCACCGCCGGCGACCACAGCUGUUCACAUGUUUAGCUUCAUGUGGAGGACUGUUGUGCGUUACCAGAGGGUGUUUAUCAGCGCUGAGGUAUUCGCUCCUUCAGGCAGUUGUUC